AUGACCCCUUCCUGUCGGCCUAGUGCCAAGGCACUAGGCGUCAGGAUGAGAUGCUUGGAUUCAGGCGAAUAUUCGGAUCUCACCAUCAAAUGUGGAAAUGACGUACACAAAGUACACAAAAUGAUACUUUGCACCCAGUCUGACUUCUUUGCAGGUGCUGUGAGAUUUCCGGGCAAAGAAUCUGAACAAUCAAACAUCGAUCUCCCUGAGGACGAGCCGGCAAUCAUAAAGUUGAUAAUGGGAUAUUUUUACACUGGCGAUUAUAAAUGUGACCCACAAGAUCUGCCCGACUUUCCGAGUUCUUUUGUCGCCUUUUGUAAGAAGACUUUUCGCAACAAAGAAGAUGAAUUCUACACGUAUGACUUUCCACACUCGUGUGUAGAUUGUACACGGGAGCAAGGGGGUACUCCGCUCUGUCCUCAUCACCAUUGCUCACCUGAACGUAAUAGUUGCGGUUUCAGAUGCGACAAAUUUGUAUGCAGUUCCUGUGAGGAGCAGUAUGAUGACGAAAUCGAAGAAAUCAGGUUCAAAUUGCAAGCUGAAGAUCUUCUGGUUCAUGCGAAGGUGUAUGAAGUUGCCCAUAAGUACAACAUCGCGGGUUUGAAGGAACUGUCGAAAGAGAAAUUCAAGGAUGGGUGUGAGAAACAUUGGGAUGCCAAUGGAUUCUCAGCUGCUGCAGAUUACGCAUUCUCGACAGAGAGGGAAGAAGACAAAGGGCUAAGAGAUAUCGUUAUUGACACCAUCGCUAUGCAUAUCAAGCUCAUGAAAAAGCCAGAAGUUCAAGUGCUUAUGGGAGAGUUUGGCAGCUUGUCUCUCGGAGUCUUGUUGAAGAAGGCAGAUGACCAUCGCUGGUUCUAG